CAGAAAUCGACUGUUUGGAAGUGAACCAGAUGUCACCGUCGGUGAUUUCUCCGGAAAUCCAAAACCAGGCCUUAAAUGGCAAGAUAAUCAAUCUACCCAGCCAUAUGCGACAGGACUUGAUUGAUGAGCCUGAUGAGUCUGGCGAAAAGCCAGUCACGAUACCCCAGCACCCUUUGGGGAUUAAACCUGCGGGUAACGCCUAUGUCGCCCGCUAUGAUAUGAAGACAGCAUGUGGCAACUUCUACUCACUCGCAGACGAAUUAAUCAUCCAAAUAUUGGAAAAUUUGGAUGCCAAGUCCUUGACACGGCUUGGAGCAACUUGUAAAGCACUUUAUGCUUUUUCCACCUUUGAGGAAUUGUGGAAGACUCUCUUCAUUGAGUCACCACGGGAGCAAAUUCAAUGGCAUGGCACUUGGCGUGCGACUUACUUUGCUAAUUCCCUCUUUGCAAAAUACCCUGUUGAUUGUUCUUAUCUCUUCUCUGACGCUCUUCAUCGACCUUUCUUCUGUGCCCAUACGCCAUUGACACCAUACGUGUCCAACAUACCCGCGCGCAAUCAAAUUGCUCGUCUAUCCAAUCUCACCGCGGCUGAAUUUUCAGCUGAAUGGACAGACCGGCCAUUUAUCCUAACGGAGCCUGUUCGGGAAUGGCCUGUGUAUCAUCGCUGGUCAGUGGAUGGACUGAAUGAGCAAUAUGGCGACGUUGAAUUCCGAGCCGAAGCGGUGGAUUGGCCGAUGCGAAGUUACAUCGAGUACAUGAAAAAUAGCAGUGAUGAAAGCCCACUAUAUCUUUUUGACAGAGGAUUCGUCGAGAAGAUGAAGCUGAAGGUUGGAAAAGAGGAGGGCGCUGAUUACUGGAUUCCUGGAUGUUUCGGAGAAGAUCUCUUUGCGGUGCUGGGCGACCAAAGGCCAGAUAGCAGAUGGCUGAUUGUCGGACCGGAGAGGAGCGGUAGCACAUUCCACAAAGACCCGAAUGCCACAAGCGCUUGGAAUGCCGUGAUCAGAGGCUCCAAAUACUGGAUCAUGUUCCCUAACACCUCAACACUCCCUCCACCUCCUGGCGUGUUUGUUUCUGAGGACCAGAGCGAGGUGACAAGCCCUUUGAGUAUCGCUGAAUGGCUCUUGAGUUUUCACGCCGAAGCGCGCAGGACCAAGGGAUGUCUCGAGGGAAUUUGUCAGGAAGGGGAGGUUCUCCACGUCCCAUCCGGAUGGUGGCACCUCGUCGUCAAUUUAACACCAUCUAUCGCCAUCACACAAAAUUUCAUUCCACGCGCUCACCUGUCAGCCGCACUUGGCUUUCUUAAAGAUAAAGCUGAUCAGGUGUCGGGCUUUAAAACUGACGUCUCAGAUCCAUUUGAGACAUUUGUGCAGAAAAUGCGUGAGAGACAUCCUGAAGUCCUAGAAGAAGGGCUGCAGGAGCUAGAAAAGCUCAGAGAGAAGAAGAAGCGGAAAUGGGACGAGGUUGUGAAGAAUGACAGCGGAGACAGCGGCGAAAAUGGCGGAGGAUUUAGCUUUGGGUUUGGAGGUGACGAUGAUGAAGAAAUACCUUGAAGAGCGCUUUAUUUGAUUUGAACUAAUGCUAUAUCGAGAUCGUCAAAACAAGAUGUCGCUGGAAGGUUCCGAUAUAUGAUCUUCGGGCACUUGGAUAUCGCCAUGCCGCUAAAACUUAAAAUAGGCGCGGAUGAUAAAGCAGUUAGAAGUAUCGCCGCAGCUUAGAUGCCUUCCGCUGAAAAAAGAUUAAAUUUCAACCAU